UUGUGAGUGCUAAUGCCCGCUGGGUCACGACUCACGAGUGUGCUGUGAAUCUAGUGAAAUAAAUUACUAAAUAUUAGUGUCAUUCUGUAGUGACAUUGAAACAACCAGAAAGAAAUAAAAUAAAUCAAAAUGAUAACGGCGGUCAACGAAUUUUUAGAUGACCUCCGCGGCGGCAGAAUGGUAGACUCCCCGAUCACGACGGUGGAACAGGGUCAACUUCAGGGGAAACUCGUUCACUCACCCAGCGGGAAAGCCUUCUACAGCUUCCAGGGCAUUCCGUACGCGAAACCACCUAUCGGCUCAUUGAGGUUUAGAGCUCCCCAACCCCCAGAGCCAUGGGAAGGCUUACGCGAUGCGACCACAGAAGGUAACAGUUCAGCACAAAUUGAUUUCUUUUCCAAGAACCAAUACGUCGGCGACGAAAACUGUCUGUUCCUCAAUGUUUACACCCCAAGUCUCGACGGGGAAUUCCUUCCAGUCAUGGUCUACGUCCACGGAGGGGGUUUCCGCUUUGGUUCAGGAAGUUCCUAUUUUUACGGUGGAGAUUAUUUAGUCGAGAAAGACGUAGUCAUAGUCACUAUUAACUACAGAUGUGGAGCGUUAGGUUUCCUAAGUCUCAAUACCCCUGAAGUCCCAGGAAAUGCCGGUAUGAAGGACGUGGUCCAAGCUCUUCGAUGGGUCAAACAGAAUAUCAAAAGUUUCGGCGGUAACUCAGGAAAUUUGACCAUUUUUGGGGAGAGCGCCGGCGGUGUUGCUGUCUCAUUUUUAACAGCUAGUCCUAUGUCUAAAGAUUUGAUUAGUAAAGCGAUUAUGCAAUCAGGAACAGGAUUAAAUAGUUGGGGAAUGCAACAUAAUCCAGUGGAGAACGCAAAGGUUUUAGCUAGCGAAUUGGGAUGCGAAUCUACGGACUUAAACGAAAUACUGGAGUAUUUGUCUACCACUCCAGUAAAAGACAUCGUUGAGGCGACAGAAAAAAUGAAGCCUUUGGAAGCUUUUUACGAAUCCGGCAAAAGUUUCUUUACACCGGUAGUUGAGAAGGAAUUCGCCGGUGUCGAAGCUUUCUUACCCGAAGCCUUGAUAAGCGUGUUGACAUCCGGUCGAGUGGCUGACAUACCUGUUAUGAUCGGCUCGAACACCCUCGAAUUUACUUUUGAUAAAAGCGAUGAUUUGCAAACAUGCAUUCCGUAUGAGUUACACAUUGAGAGAGGCACACCAGAAUCUUUGGCAAUAGCCGAUGAAAUUAAAAACUUGUACUUUAAAAGUGAUCCUACCGUUGAUAAAUAUAAGUUAUUGUCUGAUUUUCUAAUAAACAUUGGGACACACAGAUACGUACAGUACUUACUGAAUGUGACGAAUAAACCAAUAUACUACUACAAAUUUGGCUAUGUGGGAGAGUUAAAUCUUUCUAAGGACAUCAUGAAGAGUGUGUCCUUGAAUUACGCGGGGCACUUGGAUGAACUGGGAUAUCUGUUCAAAGCCGAACCUAUAAAGGAUGUUGAGCCGACUCCUCAGGAUGUUAAGACUAGGGAGAGGAUGCUGAGACUGUGGACAAACUUCGCUAAGACUGGAAACCCAACGCCCGACGAGAACCACUACCUAACCGUAACCUGGUUGCCGGCAACCAAAGAUAAACUAAAUUAUUUGAACAUUAGCAAUGAACUGUCCAUGGACGACAGCCCUGACAAGGAAAAAAUGGAAUUCUGGGAUAACUUAUACAGCAAAUACUUCAAAAUAUGGGAUCAUCAGAUAACUAAUGAUGAUGUUUCACCAAAAAGUGAACCAGUUCCGUCGAUAGUCGAACCAAUUUCGCAGAUAAAUGAACCAGUCAUCGUAGCUACGUCACCGGUUAUUGUUGAAGAGACAAUCAUCACAACUGUCACAACAGUUGUCAACGAAAAGGGUGAAGAGAACACCAGCACUCAAGUUAUAGUUGAUGUACAAGACAGUGCUGGGCAGCACUAUCAAGAAUCGUUCAACGAUUUGAAAGGAAACCUCGAACAAAACUUCGAUCUUGUUCAGGAUAACUUAGCUCAAAUACCCGAUAACCUAGUGCAGGUUAACGAUAACUUGUCACAGAUUAAUGAUCAUUCAGCGCAGGUUCAGGAAAACAUAAAGAAUGAAACAGUAUUUGUGGUCGACAACCCAGUAAAACCCGAUGUUAUCAUCACAGGGCAUACCGUCAUCGAAGACCAUCCGGGUAAGUUAGUGAAUAUCGUCAAGUUGCAGGAGAAGUUCUCGAAUAACCAAAAUGGCGGUGAGGAACAUAAAUUUAACGGUAAUUUCGACAAGAAACCGCGGCCCUCUAACGAAAUUAAGAUGGCGCAGAAUACCAACAUAAACCCUAAGGAUGUAAUAAGGGCAAAUGAUCCUCCUGAGGAUGACUUACCCAAGAAUAUCGGUGUUAAUAAAUUUGUGAACUUCUUCGAGUCCUUGGGCGGGAAAAAGUAAUUUUAUUAUACAGAUUUAUGCGUAUGAUCACACUAGCUCACAACGUAGCGAAAGUUGCAAGUUCUUUGCUCAACAUCAAACAUUUCUUAAUCUGUAAGGUAAUCUUCCGAGAGUCAAGACAACGCUACGAGACGCGACGGUCGCUGCAAUAUUUAUCUAUGUUAAUGUAACCGUCUCUCAAUUGCUCAUUGUAAACUACUGCAGCUUAUAAAACUUCUGGGUAGAAUUUCUGGGGAAGUAAAACGUACAUACUGCAUUAAAAUCGGUCCAUUCAUCUAAAAGCUACGGACAGACAAAUUUGUGUUGAAGAAACAAAACUACUAGCGAAAGUUUCAUCCAGUCUAAAGAAUUGCGAUUAACGCUUUUACUGCAUCCACUCAUCAUAAUGUCAAUCGUGAUUAUCACGUGCCAAUUAUCGCAAUAAUUGUUGCUAUUUGCAAAAUCGAUGGUACUCUCGUUCAAAUUGCAUAUUUUAGCAAAUAGUGAAAUAGUGUCAGCAAAUAAGAUGGAUAGCAUUGCAAUCACAUUGUCGCUGCUAUUCGAGACGAUAAUUGAACCUAAGGUUUGCUACUGGACUAAAAUUAAAAACAAAAAAAAACGUUAGUGUGACCUUUCGCUAUAUUUGUAACUUGUCAUGCAUUUUUAUUUAUAUAAUUUAAAAAUAUCUGUUAAAUAUUUUUUCUAGAGUUGUCACGUUUGUAAGCUGAUUUCACAUCUAUCUAUUACUCGCAUAAAGCUCUGUGCAUAACGAGAAUGUCUUCAGCAUAUUUAAGUACUUAAAUAGUGCGAUCUUACUUUGCCAGCUUGAAGUUAGCUCUCGGAGAUGUUCGUGCAUGUACCAAGUAUAAUGGCAGGCACCAUUGAAUUUUUAAAAACUAAAGGUAUCUCUGUAACGACUCGUGACUUAUUUCAGUCUUACCAAGUUUAACCACGCGCUUACUGUAUCUAAAGAACUACAGGGGCUGUUUUGACAGAUAUGAGAUCAGCUUAAAUACUUGCAUUUUUAAUAAAUACGAUAAUAGAAAUAACAUAAAAACGUGAA